UACACAAUAUAUAUAUAUAUAUAUCUAUCACAUAUGCCGCGAUAGAGGAUUAUAUCUCUAUUGCCCACUCCUAUUGUUCAGUCAUGUUACACCAUAGACUGUAUAUACAGUCUAUGGGUUACACGCAGUUUUACACUUUUUGUUAUUUUGCAUAUUAUGAUGGUGUUGUAAAACAUAAAAAUACAAGCAUAAAUCUUAUUAUACAUUGCCAUUUCGAGCAAUAUGUUUAUUUACCACCUUAUAAAGUGCAAGAUGUGAAGCUUGAUCUUUCAGCAUGAAGGUAGUUAGUUAGAACAUGGCCCAAGACGCUGUUAGUUUCUCCUGUUGUUUCAUGGUGCUGUGAUGCUCUUUUCUUUUGAAAUUAAUUCAACCCCCAAACAUAUAAAGAUCAAAUGUUGCUGAUAGAUUUACAACUAUUACUGUGCGUGCAUGCAUGUCACACAUUUUGUAAUAUUUUACGGGAUUGUAAACUAAAUCAACAUUGUAUGAGACAACAUUGCCUCAUCUGUUCUUUGUGCUCCAAAAGGGAGCAAAUAGUAGCCUGCAGAAAAUGUUCCUCAAACACACAAUUAAACCCAGAUUGCAUUGAGAGAUGCACAUAGUUUUGUCCUAGUUAUUCAAGAGACUGUUGGCUGGAAUGUAGGUCCCCGAGGCUGUGCUUUUAAAGUUUUCUCCUUUUUCCACAAUAUGUUCGUGUCAUAAAUCUGUGACAAAGGCCUACAUUUUCAUAUUGGUGGCCACAGAUAAAUUAAGAGGUGUUGGCUGCUAAAAAAAUUGCUAUGUGACAUGGUUCAGAUAAAGUCUCUGUGCGUGACACUUAAUAAGAUUUGGAUUUAGUGGUCUUGUGUGUGAGGGGGGGUGUACAUUACAUUUAGGCCUGAGGUGACCUGGCCUGUAAACUCUGGAGAGACACCCCACACUUCAGCAAUUGGAGCAGCGGGAGUAUAAUUAACUGGCAACAAUCUCAUCAGAGAUUCAAGUGUACAAGUCACCAGAGUACGAGUCACUAGGUUUUGAACUCACAGUGGAGCGGCUGGUUUCCAUCGGUUACCCCCAGGAGCUGCUCAGCUUCGUCUACGACCCAUCCUUCCCCACCAGGGGUCUUGUGUUUGAUACCAUGUAUGGAAACCUGUUGAAGGUUGACGCCUACGGUAAUAUCCUGGUCUGUGUCCAUGGAUUCAACUUCCUCCGAGGCCCUGAGAUCCGUGAACGGUACCCAAACAAGUUCAUCCAGAGAGAUGAUACAGAACGCUUUUAUAUCCUUAACACUCUCUUCAACCUGCCAGAGACCUACCUCUUUGCUUGCCUUGUGGAUUUCUUUUCCAACUGUGACAGAUACACAAGCUGUGAAACUGGCUUCAAAAAUGGCGACCUCUUCAUGUCCUAUAAGAGCAUGUUCCAGGACGUCCGCGACGCCGUCGACUGGGUCCACUUCAAGGGUACGUUGAAGGUGAAGACGGUUGAGAACUUGGAGAAAUAUGUAGUGAAAGAUGGAAAGCUGCCGCUUCUCCUCAGCAGAAUGAAUGAAGUAGCCAAGGUUUUCUUGGCUACCAACAGUGACUACAAAUACACUGAUAAAAUCAUGACCUACCUGUUUGACUUCCCACAUGGACCGAAGCCUGGUACCUCCCACCGGCCCUGGCAGUCCUACUUUGACCUGAUCCUGGUGGACGCCAGGAAGCCCCAGUUCUUUGGAGAGGGUACGGUGCUCAGACAAGUCGACACGACAACCGGGCGUUUAAAGAUAGGAACCUACACAGGACCUCUGCAGCAUGGCAUAGUCUACUCUGGAGGUUCCUCAGACAUUGUGUGUGACCUGCUGGGGGCCAAGGGGAAGGACAUAGUGUACAUCGGUGACCACAUCUUUGGAGACAUCCUCAAGUCCAAGAAACGCCAAGGCUGGAGGACGUUCCUGGUCAUACCUGAGCUGGCCCAGGAGCUGCACGUGUGGACCGACAAAAGCUCAUUAUUCGAGGAACUGCAGGGCCUGGACAUUUUCUUGGCAGAACUCUACAAACAUCUGGACAGCAGCAGUAACGAGAGGCCAGACAUCAGCACUCUUCAGAGAAGAGUCAAGAAAGUGACACAUGACAUGGACAUGUGCUACGGCAUGAUGGGUAGCCUUUUCCGCAGCGGCUCCAGACAGACCUUGUUUGCCUCUCAAGUGAUGCGUUACGCCGACUUGUACGCAGCCUCCUUCAUCAACCUGCUGUACUAUCCCUUCAGCUACCUCUUCAGAGCUGCACACGUGCUGAUGCCCCACGAGUCGACGGUGGAACACGCCCACGUGGAUAUCGACACCGAGUCGCCACUGGCCACGCGCAACCGCACCCACUGCAGCGACUGCAAGGACCUGGAGUGCAAACGCACCCAGCUGACCCGCUCCUUCAGCGAGAUCAAACCUCCCAACCUGUUCCCCCAGACUCCCCAGGAGAUCACUCACUGCCACGAUGAGGAUGAUGAUGAGGAGGAAGAGGAAGAGGAGGAGGAGGAAGAAGAAGAAGAAGAGGAGGAGGAAUAAGCUGGACAUGCAGAAGAAAGCGAGGUUUCUGAUCCUGCCUUGUCAUGUUUCCAACUAGAGUCGGUUAGUUAUCUCUCUCAAAGUGAGGCAGGGAGGAAAAACAUUGUGUGUGUGUGUGUGUGUGUAUAUAUGUAUGUAUAUGUAUAUAUAUGUAUGUAUAUAUAUAUAUACACACACACACACAGUAUGCACACCAAGACACAUACUGAAGAUUUCUGAGGAAAGGACCAGUAGCGAGACAGAUCAUAUGACUGUCAGAAGACUGUAUGCAUGCUCGGUCCUCUGAAACCCAACUAUUCCUAGCUUCAUUAUGUAAAAAAAAAAAAAAAAAACACUUUAUGAUUUUUAAUUAAUUUAAUUUGAUUUCUGUAUUAUUUUCUCCGUCAGACAGACAGAACAUCACACACUUCGUUAUGUUGUUUUUUUUAAGCUGACUUGAAAGACCUGCUGGUGGAUUAAAUAGACGCAGUCACAUUUUCAGUUUGAAUCAUAACUGUAUGCACAUUAUAACAAACAAAAAGCACUGUUCAGUUACGGUGUCAAAACCACCACCCCCCCCCUCCCCCGCACAAAGUGUAUUAAAACUUUGAAGCAACAUGGGAACAACAUUCACUUUUUCAUCUGUGUAGUUUAGUUUUGUGUCUUUUACGAGUACUUUGUUCUAACUUGUAUGUAAGGGUGUGUGUCUGUGUGUGUGUUUCUCACUCAGACUGCAGCAUCCUGAGUAACAGUAAGCUAAGUACUAAACUUGUACUAAACUGAAGCACAGGAGCACUUAAGCACAAGCCGGCAUUAGACGGAUGCAUUUUUUGUUUUGAAGUUUGGUUUAGAGAACACCUUGUGGGACACGAGUGGCUCUUGAACUGAUGUUUUGUUACCAAGCAACAAUGAGGACGGAGUACUGUAACCGUAUGUUAUGCCAAUAGACUCUAUGACUAUGUGUAACAGGAGCGUUAAAGUUGCCUCAGCAUGCAAGGAAAUUAGGAUGGACCGUCAAAGGCUCAGUUCAGUCGGUUCAGUGUAAUCAAUAGCUUCAGACUAUGAUUCGCGUGUUUUGUUUAUCUCUUUGGUAUCGGGGCUUUGUUGGGUGUUUUUUUGCUUUUAUCUGCUGACCCUGAAUUGUUGAGAGUGUACAGUAUUCUUCGGUUGGGCCUCCAAACACUGUGAAGUGACCGUUACAUUAUAUUGUCGGUUCCAGCUCGGUUAACAGUUCAGAACUGGAUGGAGAUCUCUGAGUUUAACCACUUGACUUUUCAUUUUCAUGACUUUUCAAAUAAGCAACAUGAUAGUUAAAAAAAAAAAAAAAAAUACAUGUUACGGUAUUAUUUAUUAAGAGUUAAACUAUCAAAACGCUCAGCUAAUCUGCUUCAUCGGGACGGUAUGAGCGUGGUAUGAUUUGAUUGACAGUGCGUGCCUUUCCAUACGUCCAUUUUCAACCUGCAUGGAAAUGUGAAGAAAUGUAAAUAAUAAUAAUAAAGUGUUAUGCUUCCCAGAGGUGGAAAACACCA